GGGGUUACAGUCUCGUCAAGUACACAUACGUUGGUGGUUCCUAACUGCGUAGCAGACUUAGAUCACACUCCAGCUUGGAUAUUCAUCUCGCCAUUCGUGAUGUUUCCUGCCCGCAUGUGGACGACAACAACGUCUAUCCUGCGAACGUCGCGUGCUACCCAGGGCCUGCCAAUUCUUGCUGGAAAUUACCUACGAGUUCGACAACCAACGUCCAGCCUCGGCUCAACGCCCCUACUACGCCAACUUUCGACAUCCUCUCCUCGGUAUGCUCAGUAUACGCGCUUUUCGUCUGAAAAACACCGUCACCCAUCGGGAGAGGUGAUAGACAGCCGAAUGAAGAUUGUCAUUGCACUUGUUGCAGUCGGAGGAACAUAUUAUAUCGUGCAUUUAGAGAAAGUCCCUGAAACCGGUAGGUGGCGAUUCAUGGAUAUAAGCCCCAAGUACGAGACAAAUCUUGCGCAGGCGGCAUAUGACGAGCUCUUGGCUGAAUUCCGAGGCAAGGUACUGCCCUCCAAUCAUCCAGUGACCCGACACGUACAACGAGUUGUUAAUCGUAUUCUUGAAUCAUCGGAUCUUGGUCACUUGCGUUCUAGCGAGCCUCGCCGGUCACUAGCGGAACUACCAGAUGACUUCUGGAGCGAGGACCCAUUCACCACUGGAAGACCUUCUGGGGAGUCGUCUACCCCAGAAAGCGGAGGUAAAGAGUGGAAUUUGCUCGUUGUGAAUGACCCAUCCGUUGUAAAUGCCAUGGCCACUUUUGGAAAUAUCGUCGUUUUCACUGGAAUUUUACCUAUAUGCAAAGAUGAACAGGGUUUGGCUGCUGUCCUUGGACAUGAGAUCGCUCACGUGGUUGCUCGACAUGCUUCUGAGCGCUAUUCUUCCUCUAAAGUAUUCCUAGCAAUCGCAGUUCUUCUGCAGACAGUUUUCGGGUUCGAUUUUGGAAUCACCAACCUCAUUAGCACGUUGCUACUGGAGCUACCCAAUUCGCGGACUCAGGAAUACGAGGCCGAUACUAUCGGCAUGCAGCUCACUGCAAAGGCAUGUUUUGACCCUCAGGCUGCUGUAGAAAUGCAUGCACGGCUCGCCCAAUAUGAAAAAGCGCACGGAGCAACAAGUCUGGAAUUCUUGCGCACGCACCCUGGUGCAGAGCGGAGAAUCAAACAUCUCGAGGAACUAAUACCAGAGGCUUACUCCGUACAAGCCAGCAGCCCUCAGUGCGCAGGUAUAAACGAAUCUGUGAGACGCUUCAGGGAGUUUGCUCCUAGAUGGUCGUAAUCUACCAGAAUUAAGACUUCUGUUUGUGAGUAAGUUCAGGUUCUCUCGCUGCUUAUGUUUUGUUUGGGCGAUUUGGAGAGUGGGUUCUAAUGAGGUGCAGAUUAAUGUUCGUAGAAAAUGUCAUUGACGAUGAAUGGUUCAUGUUUGCAGUCAUAUCUCUAGAUCCCCUAACCAUAGGACAAAAAUCAUCACUUCCUAUAUAUAAAUAGUGUGAGGGAAAGGUAUGAAGCAUGUUACUAGUUG